AUGUUACACCUACAGCCGGUUACCUUAUUACAGUAACCAUGUUUCAACCAUUAACAUCGAGUUUAUUUGUCGAAAUGAAAAACUUACUAGUGAGAACUGAAGCUUCCCAAAAUAACUCCACCAUCUCUUUACUAAAUUCAUCUGUGCGUCUUUUAAGCUCACGAUUUAAGAUUUGCAACUUGCCAGUGCUGAAGGAGGUUGCACCAAGAUUUAAAAUUUGAAUAGCUUUUGGUAGUAACGGCUUGCCAUACAGUUCGAUUUGUCGGCUGGCCUCUUGGACUCGUUGUUUUACAAGUUUUGACUCAUUGCUGACCACAUCGGUGUGUCAUUUUGCUGUUUUAUCGUUUCGUCAUGGCGUUUCAUCAUUUCAUUCUGGUGUUUCAUCAUUUUGACUCUCCCACAUGCAGUCAGAGGACCUAGAAUUCAACUUGUAUCACAUGAACUAUUACUGGAUUUCAUGCUCCUACACAUGACAUAUUUAUCUAUAUUUGCUCCAAUUGCCGCUGACAAUGAAUCCUUUGCAGAGCUACCUUUGCCACAGCGUAGAAUUCAUCUUGAAUCACGUGAAUGUUGUUUUUAUGAAAGUGAAAAUGGAAAUGAAUAUGUAGUAACACACAUUAGCAGAGUUUUGAAUACUCUAGUAUGUCCAUCUUAAGUAUUUAACAUACCCCUCAGCUGGAGGUUCAGGGGUCAUCCCGGCAUAGAUAUUCCUAGACAACUUCUGAACAAUAUCUUGAAAAACAAUUCUAGGCCUGAACAAAUUGCUUGACUUUUAAGCGUGUCUGCCUAGUUGAUCAGAAGAUGUGUCAUUGAAUAUUGAGUAUAUACUUGGGAUUCCAAUGCUUGCAUUAUAUUUAACAUGUAACAUCAUAUUCUCUCAAGUUUAAAAUAUGCAGGAAGUUUCUCUUGACCAGAUCAGAGGUUUAACUCCACAAUAGCAACAGUAUAUAUGAGAGUAACAGAGAUGUUUUUUUUCUGAGUGUAGGUACACCAAUAUUUGAUUUAUCUAAGUUUUUUGCCAUUGUGGUAUGGGAUGAAAAAACAUAACUUAUACAUGUAGUUACAAAAAUAUUCAUAAUAAAACACACGAUAAAAUCUUGGAUAAUGUAGUAAAUAACACCCGGUCAAGAUGUCAUCAAUGCUAAUUUGUAGAUCUUCAAGUUUUUUUACAUUAAUUUAAGCUCUUGGUAAUUGCAUUCAGCCUCUUGUACAAAUUUUGCCAAAUUUCAAUUUUUCAGUCGGCAAUGGAUGGAUAUAUAUGGAUGUAUAUGUCAUGUGUAAGUGCAUGAAAUCAGAAUCAAGGAUGACAUUGGUAAUGAAGUGUAUGAAGGCAGAGCUGAGACAAAGAACAGUUUUUGGCACAAGUGAACCGAUGGAGUGUGACAGCCUCCCUGAAAGUUUUAUAGGGAGAAAACUUCCAGACAGUUUCACUGUGGCCUGCAUCGAUGAAGAUGGAAAUCGAUGUGGAUAUGACAUAGUUCCAGAGCAUGAUUUACUUGAUUGUGCUGCUCUAAUUGCAGGAUAUGUGAACCUGCCCGAAGUUCUUAGGGAAGCAACUGCGGUUGCAGGUCAUAGACUAUACGGGAAAGUUAUGAAGAGGGAUUUUCCCUCAAAUCCCCUAAAAGAGAAACUGACAGUGACCAAGUCAAAUGGAGGUGGAAGUGAGCUAAUGUUUGGCUAUGACCGUAGAAAGGGAAGUGGCCCGACUCUUCCAGACCCUCUAUUGCGUCUCAUUGGCGACACUGAAGGCAGAAUUGCCUCUUUUUUAUGGCUUGUGUCAGAGUUAGGAUUGAACUACUAUGGGAGAAAAGACUAAUUCUGAAGGAUGGAACAAUGUAUCAUUUUUUUAUACUAAGAGACUGUUAGUGGAAGCUUAUAAAUCUUACUAUAGAUGCAAUGCCAAUGUUUUAAAUGAUCUGGUAAUGUUGAAACAAUCAUAUCACUGCCUGAGGAGGUCCAUGAAAAUUGAAUUUCCAAGUCCUAAAUCAGAAAUUGGCAGGCUGACUUUUAGGCAUAGAGCUGCCAUUGCAUGGAAUUCACUUCCUGAUUCGAUCAAAAAGUCUUCUAGCUUAGAAUGUUUUAAAAAAAGACUUAGAUCUAGUAAGGACUUAAUUAAUUCUAUAAGUUAUAAUAAGGAAUCUUCCAUGAUAAGAAAUAGGAAUGAGGAAUUUCUUUAUUAAUCUCAUCUUAAUCAAAUCAUACCUAAAUUUUUAAAACUUUGACAAUUAUUUUACCUAGUUCUUAACUAUAUUCUUAAAUUGUAGUUCAUAGUCCUAUCUAUUUAUAUUUGUACUAUUAUUAUUACUUAUUGUUUAAUUUCUGUUGACUUUCUAUUUAUUCACAUGUAUACACCUUAGUUUUUAAAUAGUAGAUAGGCAGGUCCACAUCGGGACUUCAGUCUUGCGUUUUCUGUAACCUGCGUCAUCAAAUAAACUAUGUAUGUAUGUAUGUA